AUGACGUCGGAUUGCAAAAAUAUGGCACAAACCAGGCAAAGUGAUUUCAGUAUAGAACACAUCUUAACCAAAGCUGGAGAAAAGUACGAAAAACGACGCCGAUUGGAUACAUUUUCGUGCUCAUCGAACACUUCGUCGCACAGCCAUAGUGAUAGUGACGAACCGUUGGGGUCCGAAGAGGAUGAAGAGAUUGUGGUGGAUAAUGUUCAAAAGAGCGGUUGUAAUCACACGACAGGAUACCUGCAAAACUGUGUGCCAAGCUUUGAUUGGCUGUACUAUACGCGCUAUCGGCCACCUAAGUUGCCACGUCCCCAGAAAGCCGGUCCCGUCAAGCGAACACCCGGCCGUUUGCCACGCGUUCCGUUCACCCCCGGACAGCUGAGUGCCUUAGAGGAUGCAUACAAAAUGUCCACCUACCUGAGCUCGGAAGAAGCAAACCAGCUGGCGUACAGUUUGGAUCUGACGAAUACGCGAGUGAAAAUUUGGUUUCAAAACCGUCGCGCACGUGACAGACGCGAGAAACGUGAAGCCGCACUUGGUGCACCGGUCGCCAGUGGCAGCACUGGCGCGCUGAGCGCUAGUACUGCUGCUGCGCUGGCGCCGAUCGGUCACUUUGCGUACUUCAGUGGGCAACGGGAGUUUGCGCCCGGAUCGCCGAAUGGUUCCAGCGGGAGUGAUCGAAAGAGUCCAAAGUAGGGAUUCGGGCAGACUUUGUGAUAUACCAAAAGUUCAAAAUUUAAGCGUUGUAAAUAUUAGUGCUAUGAACAUUAAUUUAUAUGAAAACAGGAUAAGCUAAGUUAACCAACAGAAAUAUAUUUUGAAAUGUGUUUUUAAAAGUGGAGAUAUGAUGGA